AUGACUGGCUCGUUCGUCACCACCAGUGUGGACGGCCACAACCAGCUGGUGGAGCUGUCGGGAGACCCGAGAGACCGCAUCAAGCGUAAGCGCAACCGGCCCUCAAUAUCGUGUUUGUUGUGCAAAAAGCGCAAAGUCAAGUGUGAUAGGCAACGGCCUACUUGUGGCACGUGCAAACGCAGUGGAAUGCCAGCCGAAGCGUGUGUUUACGCAGAUUCGCGUUGGAGAACGUCUGGACUAGAUACGAUGGAUCUUACCGAAGCCUACGAUGUUGGACAGCUCAGCGAGGAAAACGAACAUUUAAACCGGUUGUUGAUGGACAAAGAAAAGGCUGUGCACGGCAAUACCCUUGCUCUCCGCAUGAUGAUUGAGGAUCUCCAACAGAAGCUGAGGAUGGCUAAUCCCCAGAUUGAUCCUCCAGGGAUACUCUACAAGCCCAUGGACAACAUGUUGAGGUGCUUUGUCUCCGAUGUGGACGGAGUCACCACUUUCUACGGACCAACAUCCUGGAAGACGUGCCUGGUGCAAGACAUUGGAAUGGCGCGAUUUCUGACGGGUUUGAUUGGGGUGUUGCAUCUGGAGCGUGAAAAAUGGUCUCAUGACCGCAAGCAGGUCCAGGAUAUGCUGUCAAAAGAGCUGAUUUCAAGACUUUAUCGCAGCGAUCCCGUCUCUGUUUCUGGUGACCGCAAGUCAGAAAAACUGGCUGCUUUUGCCAGUCUCAGUGGCUCUGACUGUUCCACCAAGUUCAUCGCUUCAAAGAGCUUUGCGAUCACUCAGGACAGUCCUAAUUACACCCAAAAUCUCUUGAGAAUGCUCUCGGAUGUCCUUCCUCCCUACGAUGUCUUCUGCGUGGCAGUGCGGUAUUUCAUCCAGCAGCUCGCCAAAUACUUCCCAUGCGUGGACAUCAAGCUGAUAGAACAGCCGUUUUCAAAGCUGUUCAAACGAGCAGACGAUGGAAGCACACUGGUGGAGAUCCAGAGAGAUCCGGACUUGUUUGAGGUUGCCUGUGUGAUCAUGGCACUCAAAUUCGCGAUCACAUUUGACGAUUUUUCGCUGGACUUGAAGGGAUUUAGUGAUCGCGAAGAUAUGCUGCUUUGGUUUGCAGAACGCACUUUGGAAUUUGGUGAUUUUGGAAGAAACGGCUCCUAUUCAGCGCUCACGGCCUGGGUCCUCAUUACCAUCUUCUGUUCCUACGACAUCAGGGAAGCCGGAUACGACGAUUCCAAGCACUUUGGCAAAGCCUUCAGUAAUGCCCUAUCUGUUGCAUACAGUGUAGGUGCUCACAGGGACCUUCGACGUGUAUUUGCAUUUCCCAGCACCAGCCAGAUUUCAUUGCCCAUAUCUGCCGAAGCCAGCCGCGGACUGUGGAUAUCGCUGCGGUACGUCGAUGCUGUGCGCUCCCUGGCAAUUGGCAGACCGUUGUUGAUCGUCGACGAGGGCUCUGAUGUGGUGGGUACAUCACCAAUGGAAAAGGUCCAGGAGAGUUGCACGACUCUGCUUCGCCAGGCGGUAUCGAAACUGACCAAUGUGACACAGAAGAUCCGACUCAUUGAUAUAGAGAACGAGAUCACCAAUAUUGAGAACUUCCUCCUUUCCCCGGGCGAGACCAUCCGUGGAAUGGCGUUGAAAGCAAACGAAGAUGCAGAGGGUUCACGUGCGAUUCUGCUGAAUCUCAAGUUUUCCUUCCAGACGCUGGAGCUUCUGUUGUGUGUGGUCUCACACGGAAACUGUCUGGCCACAGAGUAUCUAAAUGGAAGAGAAAAUCCACAUUUGACAGAAGAAGAGAAACAGGAGUUGACCGAGCUCAAGAACAAGUAUAGAGUGGACGUUCUGAGACUGUCGGUAUUCAUCAUGUGUGUGGUCAACUUUGUGGCUACAUGGAUGCGCAAUGGAAAGGCUUUGAACCGCGCCUUGGUUCUGCAGCCGCAGUUGCGCAAACUGUUUAGAAGAGCGGCCUUCACUGUGGGCACCUACAUGGUAGAACAGUUCAGCACAGAAAACGUGUACCAAAAGUCUCAUAUACCCUUGCUUGUGGAUAACUUGAACGUGGACAUGUUUGAGCGGAUUAUCUUUAUCGAUAGGUUGCCCAAGGAAGCAAUAACUGAUGAGUUGCUGGAUAUGAAGACCCAAAUCGAUAGGGCCAUAGUGACCCCUCGGCAUUUACUCUCUUUCCUUUCCGGGGUCUUCUUCAAUACUCGCAGCACUUUCAUGGUUGACGACUAUGGAUUUUACAUCAACAACAAGUACGUGAUGUUGUUCUGUGAGUAUUUAAGCAUGAAGAAUGUCCAGACGUCGUCAAGCCCAAGUGAUUCAGAGACCGAGAGGAGCGGGCGGGUUGACCUUGGUGCCGAUAGCUUGCUUGAGUUUUUCAAGAAGGCCAGUACUCAACCGGAGGAAGUUUAG